GGCGUCUGUCGACAGACUCUAGCGUUGAUUGCUUUCCGUUACAACGCCGUCUCCAUAUGUAGCUCCGUCGCUGAAGAAAUUUCGUUCAACUGGUUCAAAUUCACGUGAGCAUGGCCCCUCCUGGGUCUAUGUUGUGGCCCUUGGCCCUCCUCCUUGUGCUCAGCCACGCGCGGCCUAGCAGUCAACAAGGUAUAGCAAAAGAUUUCAAGGACCCAGCCGACGACCCGAGCAGUCCGGACUAUCGACUGACAGCAGAGCACUAUCCGCGGUAUCUUCUACCGCCGAAGCAGCCGGUGAUCCCCAAGAAGGAAGAAGUCGCUACCGAAGCUGAGAGCAUUCCGCAACCGCUGCCUCUUCAGCACGCGAAGGAGGAGGUGAUAAUACGAUCCGACGAUUCCGGCGACUUCAAGUUCAUAAUUCUUGUAGCCGGAUGCAGUACCAUCGCAACUUUCCUUAUCGUCUCGACGGGCUAUUGCGUGUACCGAGUUCACCAGAACCAACAGAUGACGCAGGACGUCGACUACCCAGCCUACGGGGUGACCGGACCUGUCAAAAACGCCAUGGGUUCUCCUCCGGCAGAUCGGAAACUGGCCCAGAGCGCCCAAAUGUAUCAUUUCCAACACCAGAAGCAGCAAAUGAUUGCCGUUGAGAAGAACCAGCAGGCGGCCGUCAUCCCAUCCCCAGCGAAUCGUCGAGGCUCGCACUCGGAGGGCGAGAGCGACGACGAAGAUAAAGACUAUACCGUGUACGAAUGUCCAGGACUAGCCCCAGGCGGUCAAAUGGAGGUUCGGAACCCCAUGUUCAACGAAAGGAAAGCCUCCAAGUAAAGCACCCGGAAACCGGAGUUUCGAGAGAAUCCCUCACCGGAGAUCAAACCACUCCUCUCGAUUCCCUUCGGGGAGACGGAAGGUAUCGAGGGACUCAACAAGCCUCCCUCGAGACCUUGUUGAAUAAGCAUGAAGUUUAGCAAAAUAUAAAGCGAAGAUAAUAAUCGUUGGAAAUCAGCUGAAAUCAGGGGUGGUACGCGACUGAGCCAAUAGGAUAUGUAAGACAUGGAGAGCAGUAUGAGCAGUAUCUACCUGCCCCGAAGUUACGCCCAUCAAUAAUUCUGUCAGACAAGCAUCAAGAUCCCAGAGCCCCCGGCGAUCAGAGCCCCCGAAAUGAAUCUACAGCCUAAAUAACAACGACGGAGACAACAACCUGAAUGUUACGAACAACAAUACACAAUGGAGCAAUGAAGGGGAAAUGGACCAUUUCUGCAGAGUAGUGUAGGAACUCGAUUUGACUAAUUUGCGGGGAGUUCCACGGGGACUAUCAACGAGGAAGUUCAAGGAACCGCGAUUUGUUGGGAUUCUGUUGCGGUCAGUUUUUUGGUCUCGGCUGAGAUCGACGCGGGUAUUGAGCAGAAUGGCAAUCUUCUCGGAGCUGGAUAAUCGUUUCACGAAGCAUACGUCGAUGCCGCCGACGUGAACGAGUCUAUCAUUGUAUCUACGUAUAGCUGUGUUCGCCGACCAAUCCUUGAGAACAAAUCUCUUCGAUUUUUUCUUUUACGUUCCAUCAAACGACCUGCUCAUGAUUUCCGAGCCAGGACUUCUCACCCAUCGGAAUGGGGAGGCGAGAAGUAAGCUCACUUCCACACCUAAAGCCCAAUACCGACGAGUCCUCUGUGAUGAAACUGACUGUCUUGGUUCCAAACGUAUUGACAUUCCGUUUUAGGCGAAAAUCUCUUCGAUUUUCUGCAGUGCCUAUCGUCGAUGAGCUUCUCCCUGAGGCUCGAUUGAUAUCGAUGAAGGCAUGAUCUUAGUUGGUUUAUGAAAUUCGGUUGAAGGUCUCGCCGAGGAUGAGGAAACCACCCGAGGUCACCAAGUGCGCGCCUUUCCGGAAAGUCCGGCGCCCGAGAUGAAGAUGAGCGUGCGGAGCGCAGUGAUAGGCGGAAAUCCUUAGCUGACCGACCGGACUUAAGAGCUUUGUGACUUCGUAUUUAGCUAGACAUCGAUCGCAGUCACCUCACUUUGUUACCUCUAGGCUGUCGAGAGCACUCUCGACACCUUCCAUAUCAAAUUCUAAUGGCGCAGACCGCCUAUCUGAAAUCGUUCCCAUGAAAACUGUUUAGCAAGCACUUCGGUUCUCUCGGUUGAUGUAAAAAUUGAGCUUAUAUACAAACGAAAUCUAUGAAGCACUUCUUUCCUGGUUCCUUGUGUUAAGGUACUGAUAUAUUCAAUAAAAUCGAUAUUACGUUC